GAAAAAUGAACAGACUUGCUGCAAUAACCUUGCUUGUGGGAUUCCUCUGGAGCCCGGCUUUUGCCACCUUCGAGGUUUACAGCAUUCCAAGCAACAAUAAUGACUACGUCCAGCAAACCGUCUCCAUAGAUAAUGAAAAUCAAAUAGCCAAUAUCCACGUAUAUGGAGGGCUCUGUUCUUCCGACACAAUUUUUGACUACCGACAUGGGUACAUCGCCACUCGGCUGUUUUCCCGACGAGCUUGCUUUGUUCUGAAGAUGCCAAGGGGGUUCAUCCCAGAGCUGGAAGAAAUUGGACGUUUAGCUUUUGAGAAACAGAUGAUGAACAAGAUGAUGUCCCCCAGAAAAGUGUGGGUGAAGUACACCCCCAGCUCUUUCUUCGGAAGGAUCCGGGAGUGGUUUGUGUUCGGCAGCGCUAUUGAGAGCCUCUGCAGAGACGUGCCCGUGUACGAAGUCGAGAGAGUUGAGGGGGCAGUGCACGCCGGCGGCUGCGUGAAGGCAGGCAUCCUUGGUAUUCUGGGCAUUUCCAUUUGUGGAGAUCUCAACCUGUAG